AUGGGUGGGUAACCUUUGAGAAACCGGAAAAACAUUUGACACCUCUCGUCCUGAGUCCUGACUGACUUCACCGCGACCGACCAUCCGUGCAUUCCUUUCCUGCUGUCUGCCUUCCUCCGUGCGUAUAAAGGAAAACUAACCAAAACUCUUUCUUUCUUUUCAUUUCUUCUCCAUUUUCUUCCAGGUAUAUAAUCUAUGGAUAUUGAUGCAAUUUUGGGGACCACAAAACCCGUGGCAGCGAGUAUACCAAGGAAGAGUGCUAUUUAUGUGUGGGGGUAUAAUCAAUCCGGGCAGACAGGGAGAAAGGAGAAAGACGAUCAGUUAAGGAUUCCAAAACAGCUACCUCCUCAGCUGUUUGGAUGUCCGGCUGGUCUCAAUACACGCUGGUUGGAUAUUGCAUGUGGUCGGGAGCAUACAGCUGCAAUAGCCUCUGAUGGCUUGCUUUUCACUUGGGGGGCUAAUGAGUUUGGUCAACUUGGUGAUGGAACUGAGGAGCGAAGGAAACAUCCAAAGAAAGUCAAACAAUUAGAGUCGGAGUUUGUAAAAUCUGUAGCCUGUGGUGCACAUUGUUCUGCUUGCAUUGCAGAACCUCGUGAAAAUGAUGGUACCGUGUCGACUGGAAGGCUCUGGGUGUGGGGACAAAAUCAGGGAUCGAAUCUUCCUAGAUUGUUUUGGGGUGCCUUCGAACCUAACACAACCAUUAAGCAAGUGUCUUGUGGAGCUGUUCAUGUGGUUGCUUUGUCUGAGGAUGGCCUACUACAAGCUUGGGGCUACAACGAGCAAGGUCAACUUGGCCGAGGUGUUACUUGUGAGGGACUACAGGGAGCUCGCAUUAUAAGUUCUUAUGCUAAAUUCCUUGAUGAAGCCCCCGAGCUCGUCAAGAUUACCAGAGUGUCAUGUGGGGAGUACCACACUGCAGCCAUUUCUGAUAAGGGCGAGGUUUACACAUGGGGGCUAGGAAAUAUGGGCCAGCUGGGACAUACUUCACUUCAGUAUGGGGAUAAAGAGUUAAUUCCAAGGAGGGUGGUUUCCCUCGAUAGUAUUUUCAUAAAAGACGCAGCAUGCGGUGGUGUACAUACAUGUGCUUUAACUCAGGAAGGAGCACUUUAUGCUUGGGGUGGAGGUCAAUCUGGUCAGUUAGGCCUCGGCCCUGACACUGGAUUGUUCUCGUGUAUCCCUAAUGACUCUCGGACAUUUUUCCGAAACAUUCCAGUUUUAGUUGUUCCAAAAGGCGUGCAACUUGUUGCAUGUGGACAUUCUCACACUCUUAUUUGUAUGAGAGAUGGCCGAAUACAUGGAUGGGGUUAUAAUAGUUAUGGUCAGGCAGCAAAUGAGAAAUCUACAUAUGCUUGGUAUCCAUCACCGGUUGACUGGUGUGUUGGGGAGGUUCGAAAACUAGCGGCUGGUGGUGGCCAUUCAGCUGUGUUGACUGACGCUUUUUCGUUAAAGGAGUUGUGUGAGUUUGUACUGGCAGAUAGUAUGACCUUAUCUAAUGCUGCUAAAGUUGAGGAUAUUGCAUAUAGAACUGGAUCCGAUGCUUUAGCUCGUCUCUGUGGAAGACUCAGAGAGUACAUGCUUGCUGGUGGUGCUCAUGGACAAGAGGAGGAAGAGAACAGUAAAAUCUAACAAAGCAUUUGAAGUUAGAAUUAAUCAUGAUUGUUUCUGUAUUCAUGAAAUAUAUGUAACUGUUGUAUUCAUUCAUGGAACUGUGUUAUUAUUUAAACAGAAGUAAUCAUGCAGUGUAUAGUGUUGUUAUUUACAUAGAAGCUUAGUACCAAAUAAUGUAUUUUAGAGUAAUGUACAUAGACAAAUAAUUUGGCUAUGUUGAAUAAAGAGAUCAUUUACUCAUGUUAGAGAA